AUGUUUCGCCGGCGUUGGUCUGGCCUCCCCAAGGAUGCCUCUUUCGCAUCCGACCUCGAAGGCCUGGGGUACUUUGUCAACGAUGAGGAUGAGAUUCGUUCUAUCGAGAACCCCGAUUGCUACUACAAGUUCUUUAUCAGCAAGAACAUGCGCGUCAACGAACGCCAGCGCUUCCACUUCAAUGGUGCGAUACAGGACAUUAUUCACGAUCGCUUGAUGAAAAAGGGUCUCUUGAGAAUUCCACUCGGCACAGACGAGAAGUACUGUCCUAUCUUCAUCUCGCCCAAAACCACCGUCGCAUCGCGCAUCAUCGUCAUAUUGGGUGAACCCAUACAGAAUGUUGGCAUGCUCGCCGGUCGCGUCGCCAGCGGUCCUGGAGGCCUCACAAAGGGCAGCAUUAUCUCCGUCCUCCGGGCUAUCGCCAAGCAGAAGGGUACCCCGAAGGCACCAUGUCCUCCAUCCGUUGUGCUCGCGAACAUGGGAGAGCGACACUGGUGGCCCGAGGGAAAGCGCUCCAUCACGGUGGCGGACAGUACUGACAUUCCUCUGCCGAGUCUGGUGCACACUGGGCGUAAGUACAUCAAGGAGCUCAACGAGAUCCCCGGGAGCGAGACUGCCGCUGCACACAUGGCGACCGUAUUCAAGAACAUUGCCGAGUGGAACGACAUUGCCAAAAUCGAUGUCAUUGCUAUUGGAGAGAGCUGUGAAGUUGCGCUGAAGUUCUUUGAGGACAAGGAGAAUUGGGAUAAAUGGGGGGAUCGAAUGGGUGGCAUGCUCAUGUUUGGCACCGUUUACAAUACCGAGAAGCUCACCAAUGACGGUUUCAAGAAAUUCCUCGCCGAGCGCACUCGAGCCUACCUCGUCUCCCCUGAACCUCUCGACACUCCCCUGGCUACAACUCGAGGCAACCCAUCCCUCUCGAUCGAACCUCUGGGCUGCCCCUGUCUGUCCUCUGGAGAGCCACACUACGUCGAACUCAUUGCCAUCAGAGCUCUCGAACCUGCUCUCGCCUACCUCCAGGAGAUUGCACUCACAAAGGGUUUUGUCAACCCCGAAAUGGCCGUGGCCGAGAGACCUCCCACCGACUUUACGGACGAGGACUGGAGCAAGCUGCCUGAAGAGAACAAGCCCGGCGUCGUCACCCUGGAUCAGGAAGAGAUGAAGAAACGGAUCAAGGAGCUGAGACGCUGGAAGAAGUUUGAAGAGACUGGCGAAGCCCCUGACUGGGACACCGAUGACGAGGAGGAAGAGGAACUCCCACAGGGCUCAGGCAAAGAAAACUGGCAUGAGGGUGACGCGUGGUAA